AUUUAUGAUUAUAAAAUUUAGUUUGAAUGUCCAAAAACAAAUCAGGUUUUUAAAGUAGAAGUGGAAUGGUAUGCAUUUAAUGAUCAAAGAAUUUAGGUUAUCAAUUGCUUUAAUAGAGAUAAUCCGAUAAAUGAAACAUUUCAACACAAUAAUCCUAAUGCUUUGACUGGAUUUCUUACUUGGACAAGCUUUUCCUUUUUAGGUGCAAUUAAUUUUUAAAUAGAGGUAUUAUCGUUGUAAUUAUUUUUCUUCAGAUAAUUUAAAUAACUUCUUUAAAUGUAUCUGUCGGUAUAUCUAAUACAAAUAAUAUAAAACAACUUGGUUAUCAAAUAAUAUUAGGUAUAGAGGAAGCAUUUGUUAAUUUGGGAGUAAAAGCUGCUAUGAGUGAAGUUAUUAUUGCAGUCCCCGUAUUACCAAAGAAAACUUUCCUACUUACUUAUUUAGGUUUCAUUUUAUCAUAAAGUGAUGCAAUCAAUUUAAUUUAAUCUCGUGAUCUAACAACUAGUCCGGGUGAAUUAAUUUAUAAAAUAGCUGAAUCAGCAGCAGAUCCUUUAUAUUCUAAAAAUUUUCAUUUACCUGUCUGGGUUUCUAAUACUUUUACUAAAUAAUAUAAAUAACUUAAAUAUUCCAAGAUUUAAAUAUUUCACAAAUAAAAUCUAGACUUUAAUCUGAAAUCUUUUAUUCAAUUUGAAUAACAAAAUUAAAUUUUCAAUUAAAAUGGUAUUUAUAGAAUACUCAUUGAUCAGUAAACUAAAUAAAUUAAUUUUUUAAUAUAAAUUGCUUGUUAUUAAGGCUUAAAUAGAAUGAUUAAGUUUGUUAAUUGUUAAAAAUGUGAUAAGAGCUAAACAUUUUCAAUUAAACACUCUUGUGAUAAUCCAAAUAAAUUAUUACUCUGUAAACUUGACUUAUUUGUUGUAACUGAGGCAAUUUAAGAGCUGGUCAUAAUUAUUGAAAAUUUCAAUUUUUAAAUCAAAUAGAUACUUUAUAAUUCAUUUGUUGAGGAAGUAAUUCUAAUUCAAUAUUAUUGA